AUGUACGUGGCGUGUGCGAGAAUGACCACCUGCUGGAUUAUUGGGUUGGGGUCAAACUGGGUCAACGUACUUGAAGUUGAGAUGCCCGUCACUGAUGAGGGUGGUGAAGGGUUUGGAGGAGCAAGGACGGGUUGCCGCGGCGGUCUGCCGGGUCGUCAUAUGCUCCUUGGUGCUGUUGACGGAUCCGAACUUUGCAAAUUUAACCUCGAGGAAGGAGACAGUCCAAAGUUGACGUUCACCCCUCUCUCUUCCUUGAUUCUGCACAGCUUCUUGUCCUCAGUCAGUGGAAAGUUUUGUCAAGGCUUUCCUCAUAUGUACGUGGCGUGUGCGAGAAUGACCACCUGCUGGAUUGUUGGGUUGGGGUCGAACUGGGUCAACGUACUUGAAGUUGAGAUGCCCGUCACUGAUGAGGGUGGUGAAGGGUUUGGAGGAGUGAGGACGGGUUGCCGCGGCGGUCUGCCGGGUUGUCGUACGCUCCUUGGUGCUGUUGACGGAUCCGAACUUCGCAAAUUUGUGAGUUGUACGCAAGCGGAAAAUUGGAGACUCAAGCGCGCCAAGCUGCAUCAACAUCAGCAGCAACGUGGAUUGCUUGCUUCAGCAGCCACUUCAGGCUCGUCACUGGAGGAGAUGAUGAGCGAUUAUCCCGAGGACCUGGUGACGUUGGUGGUCUUGCUGCAUGCAGGAGACAUCAUCAGUGCAAAGCUAUCAAAAGAACCCAAGUGGGGAGCUAUUUUUGAUGUGACCCCACAGCAGGUGCACACCAGGGUAACAACUGGAGCAUAUGGGAUAUUCUGGGGUUACAAGUUAGGGUUCUUGGGCUCCAUUGAUGCCAACACCGGAAGCCCCGAUUUGGGUUGGGACACUGACCAGUUCCCCACUGAUGUUAAAGCCGCCACACUGGUGAUGAAAGCCGUGUUGGAGCAGCGCGGUCUGGCGCCAGGCGGACUAAACUUUGACGCCAAAGUUCGCAGGGAAUCACCAGAUGUCGCUGACAUGUUCAUCGGCCACAUCGGAGCCAUGGACACAUUCGCUCGCGGACUCGUAAAUGCGGCUAAGAUCAUAACUGAUGGACUUUUCGAAAAAGGAUUGCAA